AUGCUUCUCUACUUCUGGCAAUAUCUUUAUAGUAACUAUUUCAGAUUUUGGUUGAAAUGGUUUCUAAGACAAAUUCAUGGCAAAUGCGAGUUGCAGCGGAUUUGUGACAGAUCCACGGAUGGUGCUUUCAGGACUCAUAGGAUAGAAUACUCUUUGGAACAUUCAAAAAACAAGUUUUGGGACUUGCUUAUGCCACACGAGAAUUUGAAGUCCAGAAUAACUAAACAGUGGGGCGAUAUUGGCUUUCAAGGUGAUGAUCCAAAAACAGAUUUUCAUGGCAUGGGCAUUCUGGGACUGACAAAUUUACUGUAUUUUAGCAGACAUUAUACAGAAGAAUCCCGUGCAAUUCUUUCUCAUUCCAAUCAUCCAAAAAUUGGGUACUCGUAUGCGAUAGUUGGGAUCAACCUAACAGAAAUGGCUUACAGUUUACUCAAGAGUGGGGCACUGAAGUCUCACUUCUAUAAUAUGGUUCCUGGCUUUCCUGAGAUGAAGUGCUUCCAUCAGUUCUUUUGUUAUCUUUUGUAUGAAUUUUACAAGUUUUGGUUUAACGAAGAGCCUGAGAGCAUUAUGCAUUUCAACCAAUACAGAGAAAAGUUUAAUGACUAGAUCAAGCAUCUUCUCAGCAAUCCUGAUAUCAUUCUCACACUUUAACAGCAUCAGACUGUCCUUAAGUUAUGAAUUCUACGCACUUGGUACUCUGUCUUAUUUAAA